GAGGGAGCAAUUGUAAAAGAAAACUCGUGACCGGCACAGGAAUGCGGGGCUUUAAAAAAAAGAAAUAUAUUUAAAUAUUUAGCUUCUAUAAAGUAACUCCCACCACGAACACCACCACCGUGACCCGGAACGAGAUAACUCAGUCUCAGCUAUUCCGUGAUAUGUGGAAGAGGCUUUAACGUUGCUGGCGCGCGUGUUUAGUUUAUUACGAAGAUUAUAUUAUAAGUUUGAUGUAACAAGACGUUACUAAUAUAUAUUUUUUAAUUUAUUAUUAGGGGCCGCUUGUGUUGCUAUUACGGAUAUUUACGCGCAGACUCCCAAGAGGUUAAUAGGAUAGCCGCUGAUGUUGUUACAACCUUCCUCGUUACUGUAGAUGACUCGGUAAUGUUGUACGGUGAUUCUAUUCCGCGAUUAUUUAAUCAACAUUGCGUAGUGUGCUACGAACUAUAUAGAUUUAAAGACUGUCGCGUGUGAGCGGACUGUUAAGGCCAGGGAUUGUAGACUGCCGCGCGUUACUAUAGACUGCUCGACAUCGGCCCUAUCAAUUGUAUGGGGUUUCACCCCGUAGAUUAAAAACAAAUAUAUAGGAUUCUAUUAAAGCUUAUUGACAGUCACUUCGCUGGAGAUACGAUUGACAAGGCUGCUAUCAAGAUGAUGCAGAUGUUCUUCCAGUUCUCGGACAAAGUGACGCUCCUCUUCGAAUUCUGGCAAACGCAUGGCCCUGGUGGUCUGGUGGGAUCCUUGCUCAUCCUCAUAGUGGCCGCCAUCGGCUACGAGGCCCUCAAGGUGGCUCGGUGGUGCAUCGAGGCGGGAGAGACCGCUCCCAGCGGCGGCUGCGGCCCCAGCGGCUCGGAACCGCGGCCCGAGAGCGACGGUCAGAGCGCGCAGGUGUCGCAGGGCGGCUGCGACUCGAUGCAGGCCUGCUGCCCGGGCGCGACGGCGAACGGCAGCGACGCGGAGGCCCUGCGCUUUCUCAAGCCGAUCGCCAGCGCGCAGAGGAGGCCGAUAAAGCGGCAACUUCUCCUGACGCUGCUGCACAUCGUGCAGGUGACGCUGGGCUACCUGCUCAUGCUCACCGCCAUGACCUACAACGCGUGGGUCUUCCUGGCCAUCGUGUUGGGCGCUGGUCUCGGGUACCUGCUCGCCUUCCCGUUCCUGCCGGCGUCGCUGCUGGUGCCGUCGGCGUCGCCUUCGCCUUCGCCGUCCCUCCGCGGCGCGACCGCGGAGGCUGAAGCGGCGGCGUCCCCCGAUCGGCGUGACCAGCGAUCGUCGCCGGCGUCGGAGUUCGCGCCGACGAUGGCGACGCUCCUGGAGGAGCCCCAGCUGCCGGGUCGGCACUCGGAAGCGUGAACACGGGCGAGGCUCCGCGCGCGAUUCGAAGUUGCCGCCCGCCGGCCGUCAUCGUCGGCGCUUCCUGUUGUGUACGGGGCGCGGCAAACGUCUUUUGGGAGGGGGGGAGGAGGGCGGUGGUGGGGGGGGGGUCAAGAUCGGGAAGAUGGCACGGCCGAAAACGUUGAUGCCGCCACCACCGCCACACCACCACCACCGCCUCGCCAAAGCUUUCUUACCAUCUUCAAGAUUCUGCAGCCGCUGCGUAACCUACGAAGUUUCCGCCCUUACCACAGCCCUCCUCCACUCGGUGGUCCUCGUGAUAUCUGGACCACGCCGUGCGCAUGCUGUUGGCUUUGCGCGUACGGCGGAGAGAUGGCUUCAGUCGGCCCUUGGGAGGAGAGGCGCGACGUGCCAUUGGAUCGCCAACAAGGUCACGGGAUCUCACGACUCUUUUGACUCUUUUUCCUGUGGGGGCAAUUGAGGUCGACGUCAGGUGCAAUUAAUGCGUGGCAGGAUCGCGAGAGGCGGCGACGGCUUUGGGGUGGGCCUACAUCCAGCAGUGGAUUGAUCACACCUGACGAUGACAACGAUUAUUAUUUGAAGUCAAUCGUUUAUGCCAACCAUCUGGGAGAUGUCAAAAAAAAUAAAACUGUAAAAUACGAGGCGAGGUAAAUGUGAACGUCAUCAUCAACCGUGAUUAAUCCACUGCUGGAUGAAGGCCUGCCCCCCCCCAACCCCCCAGGCCAUCGUGCAAAGUACGCAGAUCUGUUCUAACAUACCGUUCAGAUGUACAACUUCCUGAAUUUUGCUGCAUCCCUGUACAACAAAACUGGCUGACUUUAAGGGUUGCCUUAUCGCGACAUUUCUGUCUGCGCAGUACACAUCCCGUUGUACCCUCGCCCCAAGUGCCUUACAACUCGACGAGAUUGUCGAGCCCGCCGGAAAUAGAUUAUCCGACAGAAAUAGAUUAUCCGACACUCGAAAUUAUCGUUCCACGCACUUCAGGAGAUAUUCCCUUUUUGCAAUUGUUCGCAGUGUUAACCAUUCUAGUGCAUAUUCUUGGUUCUUUCGGUAAAGUCGCGUAGAAGGGAAACAAUAAAAUACUAAAAUUUUCUUGCUGUGGUUUUCACACCUGAUGAUGAUUGCUUGUGUUGCAGUCGAA